CAAAUUGGGCCUUUUCAAGUCGAAAUACGGGGGUCAGCUACGGAGUAGCUACAGACCUCCCAGUUAUGUCCACUCCGGCUGCGAAACGACAACGCGUCGAGGCGGCAUCGCGAAAGCUCUGUCAGCCUUUUCGGUCACCACUUAAACGAGCUGACUCGAAAAACAGUGACGGACUGGACUCUUCCAGGAAACGUGGUGGAGUCUCAGCUACGCGGCCUGCGUUUGUAACAAGUCUGCAACCGAAAAUAUCAAGUGCUGAGUUAGGGGCAUUCGUUAAUCGCACUGGUAAAGACGGCCAGGAUAUAGAAGAUGAAUUAUCGUGCGCAGUCUCGGCAUCUGAACAGUUGCUGAGGCAAAGCAAUACAUCAACCAGCUUUGCUUCGCCCAGUCAGCAGCGAGUAAAGGUAAAGCCCUCUACGACACCUCUCAAGCCAAGCGGUCAGCGUCCUUUUGUCACUCCUAUACCGAAAAUUAGGACCUUGAGGUAUCAGGAAGAAACGCCUAGCUCGUUGAGCAAAGAUCCAGCACUGGCAAAUCUCUUAAGGGCUCAACGAAAAUUAGAGUCGGAGAUACGUGCUGCUCGCACGGAACUUGAGACUUUUGAACAAGCUCGCAAGAUUCAAAAUGGGAGGCGAGAUCAGGAGCUUGAGGGAUUGGCCCUCAAAUGGAAAAUGGUCAGCAGGCGGGCAGCAGAGGAAGUAUUCGAGGGAGUGCAAGCGCGAAUAAAUCGCAUGGGCGGCCUGGCGGCCUGGAGAGACAUGCAGAAAAGACAGCACGAGUGGAAGGACGCGGCCUUUAUCGACGGUGCAGCUGGUGAGAUUGACGAGAGCCAAAGGGACGCGCUCUGUGCUGAAUAUGGCAUCGACAUCAAUGAAGUCGAGAUGUCUCGUGGAGAAUCUCGAGAUACGUUACAAGGAGAUUAUGAUGAUAACCAAAAAGAGGAUUUCACCAUGGAUAUGAUGCUCAAAUCUCUGAACAUUGAUCUCACUACAAUCGGGUAUGACAAGGAUCUGCAGCGAUGGGUGGAUUAGGUUUGGCGGGACAGGCCACGCGCUGGCACCUCAUAUUCUGUGGGUAUCAAUGAUCUGCGAAUGAACCACGAAGUUGCGCACUAGGUUAUCGCCGCGUUACGGUACUUCACAUGUAUUGCUACGGAGUUUGAGAUUCGCUCGUGACCCAAUGUCCCGGAACUUCCAGCACGGUCUGCCAAGGACCGUGCCAGCAAAGAUUGCACCAUCCGGCUGUUUGGACCUGAGUGGAGCUGAAUGCGAAAUUGCUGACAGCUCAAACAAUUUUCUUUUAAGCGGAUUUAGAGUUGCAAACGCCGUGAUUCGUUCAAGCGAGCUCAGCUGGCAAGGAUUCAGGAAUCAUUGAGAAAAAGACUGCGAGGAUCCACUACAAUUGCUCAUACGGG